CGGGGCAAAGUUGCGACCCUCAGGGUAGCUCUUAACUUAAAUUGUAAAUGAACCCCACCAUUCCGUUUCCGCCACUCUUUACCGCCUUCCUUCCUCUACUAGCUCCCCAAGCUACGUACCUAUUCAGAUUCGGCUUCAAUUAACUACAUAAACUCCAUCUGCACCCAUACUACGUUUCAACACGCCAGCGGAAUCAUGUCUGACAAUGUUGGACUCUCAACACCCCGAGGAAGUGGGACUUCUGGAUAUGUUCAGCGAAACCUAGCACACCUCAAGCCGCGCGAUCGAGCAGCCCCCUACAACACCAAAGACCUCGAUAGCUUGAAGCAUCGGCAACGUCAACCAGACAAGGAAAUCUUAGAGCACGAUCGUAAGCGCGAAGUCGAAGUAAAGGUCUUCGAAUUACGCGACCGGUUAGAAGACGAAGGAGUUGACGAGGAUGAAAUUGAUAAGCGCUGCGACGCCUUACGAAAAGAACUACAAGCAAAGAUGAACAAGGGCGAUAGGGGUGCGGCACCGAGGAAACCACUUAAGGCACAUCAAGUUCACGAACUAGCCGACGCGAAGAUCAAGGAGAGCGAGCGGUUACGGAACGCGUUGAAGAUAAGCAAGGACUACGAGGAGGGAAGCCACUGGAAGCGGCAAGAGGAAAGGCUAAGAAAAGCCGCGGAAAGGGACUCUACUCAGAACGAUAGUGAUUAGAAUAUUUGGGCUUGCAUAAUUAGGUACCUGGGUAGUGUUGCUCUACACUCCAUUGGGUUGCGCAAAGGCGUUUUGGGCGGCUGAGCUUUAUGAAUAGGUAUGAAUAGGCCUCGGGAGUUUAUGAUUUACGUAUGAUUUCACGUUCGAUAAGGAAUUGCUGUGAAUAUA